AUGCAUCCUCCUCCUCCUCCUCCCCAUCUCUCCGUCAUGGACAUCUUCUUCCCCGGUUUUACCGGCCUCACUGUGACACUCCAACAGCUUCUCAACGGAACCAUGGAUGGCUACGCCGGUUUGUUGUGUAUCUGCGGGGUAUUGAUGGUUUGCGGCAAGUUCCUGUGUAGAACCGUGGGAGAAUUCGUCGAUACCUACCUCACUUCAAGGGCCGAUGUCUACGAUCCCGACGAGGCAUACGACAUGUUGGAUGCGUGGGUUUCCGGCCAAGCCUUUUCCCAAGAUGCCAGCUCCUCGCUUGUUACUGUAGAAAGCAGACGAGGAAGAAGCAUGGCCCAGCUCCACCCCGAUAUCACGGCUAAAAAGAACCUUCGGUUUACACCUUGGGGAGAACCGCUGUACUUCUGGUAUCGGGGGCACCGUCUCACUUUACGAUGCACGCAAGACAGAGCAUCAUUAUUUCCACGCAACACAAUGACAGUUUCGUGCGUUGGGCGCUCUUCACAGGUUCUGAGGGACCUUAUGGAAGAAUGUCGCGUCGAAUAUCUGAAGUAUUCUGAAAACAAAACUUCGAUCUUCGAGAACUAUAAUAACGGCUGGAAACGAACUACUACCCGAGACCUCAGACCGAUCGAUACCGUUAUCAUGAACGAACAGCUCAAACAGACGCUCCUCAAGGAUGUCCACUCGUUUCUCGACCCCAAAGCUCGGUCCUGGUACGCGAGCCGCGGGCUGCCAUACCGAAGAGGCUACCUGCUGUUCGGCCGUCCUGGAACCGGAAAAUCCAGUCUUAGCAUGUCCGUCGCCGGUUGUUUCGGACUGGACAUCUAUGUUCUCAGCCUUGCUGCUAUGAGUGAUGGACAACUCGGUGCCUUGUUCAGGGAGCUUCCUCAACGCUGUGUUGUCCUGCUUGAGGAUGUUGAUGCCGUCGGUACAACCCAAUCACGUGUAUCCGACGCCGAUGAUUUUGACUCCCGAUCGGAAGAUUCACGAAGGUCAUCGAAGUCGCACGGGGCUGUUUCGCUGUCUGGGCUCCUUAAUGUUCUCGACGGCGUCGCAUCACAAGAGGGGCGCGUCCUCAUCAUGACGACAAACCACAUAGAGCAUCUUGAUGAAGCUUUGAUCCGAUCUGGCCGCGUUGACAAGAAGAUCGAGUUUCAGCUUGCAGAUGCUGACGUGACCAGAAAGAUAUUCAACACUGUGUUUCAACAAUCGGAAGAGGAGCUGUCUGACUUGGACAACCGAGAAGAUAGCAAUGAGGAAGUCCGGAGACUGGCAGGUCAAUUUGCAGCCCUUGUGCCGGAGCUGGAAUUCAGUCCUGCCGACAUUUUUUCCUUCCUCCUAGCAAACAGAGACUCGCCCUCAG